AUGAAGGAAGAGGAUAUUCUUGCUCGCCAUGCUCGGCCCCAGAAGUACUCGACUUGGAUUCCGAAGAAACGCGACUGGCGUUACGCGACUGGAGUAUUCCAACACGACGAUACGGAGGGCACGCCUAGAGAUCGAUCAGCAUGGGACGACAUGGACUACGAGUACCAGAUUACAGAUACUCGGAAGAGUAGAGAAUGCAGUAUCGGCGAUCAGAGUAACGGCUACGGUACAGCGCUUGACAAAAGCGUGUCGAUACCAGGUACCCCAGAAGGCACGAAGGGGAGGCACUUACUGGGACUUCCAAAGACCAUCGUUAGUGUCGAGGCGUUCAAGAAGAAGGAAAAAACUGCGAAAAGGAGCGCAUGGCAUUCAAUAUUGAGGUGUCACCAGAUCGGGAAGUCCGAGACAGAAGGCGAGCAGUCAGCCUACGAGACCUAUAGCUUGACGGUCAGGCUACGCUUUUCGGGCAAACUCAUCAUCGAAGAUGCGCUUCCGCACAUGGCGAAAUCAGGCUCCAUCGGAUUUCCACAGCUACCAAGCACACCUGCGAAGUUGAAAACGACUUAUUCUCCAAAUUCACCAGCCACGGCUCGCACAGCAAAGUCACUCUUCACUCCAUAUGCGCUGGACUCUAUCGAAUCCGCACACAAAUACCCUCUCUUUCAGCGGAUCUGGGUUGAUGAGACAAAGGACUUCAAUAUGCGGGCAGUCCGAGGGGUUCUGCAAAGGUCUGGCUAUAUAGGGAAGGACCUUGGGCCAAACUAUACAUGGUAUAACGAUGCCCUUCCAGUGGACGCCUUGCUUCCUCCCGGGAUACCUCUAUCUGCUAAAGAGAUCAACGCGUACUAUCCUCAUCACGUUCGAUGGAGAGGCGUCAUGGUUCGAAUGGCAAACAACGACUAUCGUGGGUCAGACAUCUUGGGCAUGCAGGAAUUCUUUCGUGGCCCUCCUACGACAAACAUGUCAAGCGCAGCGAUGAACCAAAUACAACGCGACUCAGUUAAGAAUGUCAUAACAGGCUUCAAGACCGAUACCACUAAGGGAAAGCACGAUGCGAACUUACAUACCGAUCACCUCGAGCCGGGCAGGUAUAUCGCAGAGAGGCGCAGCGGCUAUAUCCUACCAACAUUCGACGACCUCCUGCGUGGCCUCCAUCAUCUACCGUCUGGUCUCGAUGCUCGCGGCCUCACAGAGUGUCUGAGCUGGUAUCUCGAGUUCCGCAACUCUUUUACGCCCAAACUUGACUUGAAUGUCCUCCAUACUCAAGCUCUAAUUCGUGCCCUUCGUAUCCCUUUGAAGCGAUUCGGCCCCGAAAAUCUAGACUGCAAUGCGCUUGAAGAAUGGAAGAUAUGGGGGAAAUUCGAAGAACGAAGGGUAUUUUACGAAUCAGCGAAGCCUGCGUCGGCCAAGGUCGACAAUACGGAGCAGAAAAGGUCGCAACUUCACAUGAACCUGGAUGACCACGAAGUCAAACUUGAUAUCCAGCUGCCACUCCGUCACAUCCUCGUCUUCCCUUUUCUUGCGCUACACGGCGUUGUAGGUGAAGCGCUCAAGCUUGGGAUUGAGAAAGCCGAGAACCGCAAGGCCGAAAGGAAGAACACGGAAGGACGAAGGAUGUUGGAAGCCAGGUGGGCUACCGAAGCAGCUAGUGAUGCUGCUUUAGAAGUGAAUAAGCAAGAGAUGGACGCUGAACAAGCACAGAAGAUGGUGAUAGUGCCCGAGCCAGCCGUCAAAGUAGGGGGAAAGACAAAGCAAUCUUGUUUUAUUCCAGAACGCGUCCUUACGACCGAAGCACUACGUUGUCUUGCGCCAGCACCGAAGAAACCUUUGACUGCACCGCCAGCAGAUGGAGGACCACUCGGUCACCGCGGACCGCCUGAACCACUAGCUGCAGUGCUAUCGGCACAAAAUUCUGCUAGCCAGUCUUCCAUAUCACCUGUAUCUACGCAUCUCGAUAGGCCUCGGGGCGUAGAGGCAUCUUUCCCUGCAUAUGCGCCUCAUUCACCAUACGGACGGAGAGGUCCACCGUUCGACAUUACAGAAAGUCUGUGGGACGAAGUUCUGCGAAGAGUUUGGCGUGGCGUACGCACAACAUUCGGUCUCGCAGCGUCUGCCGACCUAGCUGUGUUGGCCGGGAUGCUCAAAGUAGCAGCACAGAUGGCGGAGAGUAAAGUCGGAUACCCUAUAUCGGUAAUACUCAGCUUUCCCACAUUGCCUGCCUUGCGCCAGGAAGAUGUCGCUUCGGCCAUCGAGUACGCAGGAUUGCGCACACCGACAUGUUGCGGAAAGCAGUUACACGAGCUUGUUGCUGCAUAUGCUGGCUAUGAGAUGGGCCUCUCCGAGAACAAAUCUGGACUUGGAAACUGCGGUAAGAAGAUGCACGAGCUCCAGAGACGCCACGUCGUCCUCGUGGAGUAUACCGAGGUUGCUGUUCUACUUUACUGCGCAGUGCUAGAAAAGGGAAGCAAUACGCCCAACGUCGCAAGAGGGAUUCGGACAAGUUUUGAACUAGGCAGCAACAACGGAGCCUCCACAGAGGAGGUACAUGAUUUUGUGUUGGAGUACUUGCGUGACCCCGACGUUACUAAUCUGCCACCCGACUCGUAUACCUCGCAGAAACUGGAACAUGCGACGCCCGAGCAUCUGCAUCUUACCUCGAGACGCUAUUUCAUCGGCCCUAUCCCAACAGCAUGGCUCACCAAACACCGACGCGACUGGUACAAGCACCACCUCCGAAUCAACUACUCGACGCGUACGGCGACCUUCUCUUCCGAUCCACGCGAGGCCCGCCAACGACGGCUGAGCGGCCUUGAAGGACCCAGUUCCUCUGCCCUCUUCCAGCACAGUUUCCCCCAACCCGAAGAACUCGAAGCAGACGAGGACGAGGAUGGCGCGCACGAGUCCAAGGCUAGUGGAGCCAAUGGCGCAGCAGAUGCGACUGCUGCCACUCCACCCGCCUUGCAGGUUCCGCGUGCUUCAGACCAAAAGAGCGAUGUCAUGGAAGAUGCAGAGUACGAUGAGUUCGUAGACGCACCCUCAGAACCAGAAGACGACGACUCCGAACGCGAACCCCACGGACGCACUUUCCGUCGAUCCAGCUCCAAGACCUUCGUUACUGCGUCGUCAAUACCUAUGGACGAAGAUGAAAAUGGAGGGGACUCGGACCAAAGACCGAUACACGAGCAACAGCAACAACAGCAACAACAACCGCAGGCAAGUGGCUUACAUGUUCCUUCAGGCCAAGAGGAGGCAGGAUCAAAGUCGCUAGGCAAACGCCCACUGUCAAAUGUAGAGAGCCUCGGGAAUCCUGCAUCAACUAUUGGAGCAGCCUCUGUAGAUGCAAACUCCACGUCGUCAUUGCUGCGUAACGCUGACAUGAACAAGGCGCCGGCCUCCGCUGAUGUCGAUUCGAAGCCGCCCGCGAAGGGCAUAAUGGGAAAAGUGAGGAGGAAAUCAGGCAUCUUGUCGUCUUCCUCGGGACAACUACAAGAGGUCGACUCUGCCACGGGAGAAUUGACGCGCAAGAAGUCAAACCUACGAAAUCUUGUAAAGUUCGACAUUCCAGAAGACUCCCGACGCGCCACCCUCCAUCUCAAAGCGAAAAAAGCACAGAUGACUGUUCAGCGAGCAGGUACCAAGGUGAGACGACAGAAGAUCAAAGACGGGCUGGUCGUCAAGAUGGAGCGCAUGCUUGUGCGCGUUGACGCCGCUGCAGAGGUCCCAGAAGAUUUCGAUGAGAACGUCAACCAAAGGGUCGUGUCCCGCGUCAAAGAAAAGUGGCGGGAGUACAUGAUCGUCUGUCGCCACAAUCACGUCAAUGAUGCCGAAUUCGUACUGCAAUUCUAUCAGACUCGGGUCAUCCCAGAGAUCGAAAAUGCGGGAGCAGGCAAGAAGGCUGCGUACGAAAUUCCGCUGGGUAGGAAGACUUGCAAAGUCAAUCUGUACUCAUCGUUAGACAAGUCGAUGGUCGUGUCCUCACCUGGUUCACGUGAGACUUUGAUCUUUAUUAUGCAAGCUCGGACUGCCUCCAAUGCAGUAGAGUGGUAUACCUUCCUCCGAAACGUCCUUGGCUGGCAACGCGCUUCCGAACUCCAGAUCAGCAUACCAGACAUGAGCUUGAGUAUUCGAAUAGCCAACCCGUUUGAGAAGCUGGAGGCAUCCCAGAACAAAGUGCAUGAUGCAGACAAUAUAGAAGAAGCCCUGCUCAAAACUAUGCAAGAAGAGCAGGCAGUUGCGCAAGAGCUGAUUAGGCGUUGCCUGGAUCAGCUACAAGAUGCACUAGAGUGGGCAGAUGUGCUGGAGUCCUGGAUCAAGGACCAGCGCAUUGGCCUCGCUUGGAAGCGAUACGAUCGACUGGAAUGGAUACACGGAGCCAACGAGCGGAAGAUGUAUGGCACGAUAGCUAUGCUCAAGUCGCACGAACUGGAACUGAGACCGAAAACACACUACCCUACCACUGCGGUGACAAGGAAGAAACACAAAACGUUGACCGAACCAGUUCCUGUCGAAGGUUUUCUGAUCAGGCUGACAGGGCAGCGAGGACGGGCGCAGCGACUAGGGCUCAUGUACCACAAGCAACUCUAUUUCGCUAGCCACGACCAGUAUCUUGUCUUCUCACGACCCACAAAGGUCACUCCACCUCCGCCCCCGAGACUACCUGCGUCGGAAAAUGCAAAUGUACCGACAGCAAAAGCGGUCAAGGACGCAGUGCCAGAAAGCUGGGCUGUCAAUCCUUAUGCUACGCAGAAUGGCCAGAUCGAGUGGUUAAUGGAAGGACAUUCGGGCACGACGGAGGCCAAGCGAUUGCAUGACGAAGACGCAGCGGACGAAGCUGCUCGCAAAGAACAAAACCUGCUCAACUGUGAUGGCUACAUCAACCUGGUGAACGUUGUUAAAGUUCGAAAAGCACAACUGGGUGCUAGCCCCGCUGAUCAGGACCUCGAGGAGGGCUCGGAUGUGGACUUUGACGAAGAAGUUGAUGAUUCUAUGCGCAAUGAUGGAGCCACAAGCGACCUUGACAUCGAUCGCACCUUGGAGUUGGUCAUGAAGAAUGGCCUCAUCAUUCGCCUACAGGCCGCAGACAAAGCCCGUAGGAAAGAGUGGAUACAGCACCUGCGCGCUCUCACCAAGUAUUGGAAACACCGCACUGCGUCCGAUAUCGCGCUCUACAAAUCAACACGUAGUCGCAAUCUCAGCGCCCUUAAGAUUGACGAAGAGACAGAAGCACACGUUGGACAGUUUGCGAGGAAAUGGGAGGUGACUCAGUCAUUUGCCUCGCCACAGCUCUACAACAUGUGUGGCAUCGCUUGCUGUCGCAGUAUCCAUAUGAGCGGAAUGUUGUAUCGGAAGCCCCGCAUACACGCACCCUUUACACGAUGUAGCGUUUUGCUGACCGCAGGUACGUUGCUGAUCUUUCGAGAUGUCUUGCGAAGCAGGGUUGGCAAACAACUGGCGCACAUCCACCACGAGCGCAUAGCGAAUCUCGAUCUCAAGGAUUGCUACAUCUAUUCUGGUCUCCUCACGGAAAACGACCUCCUCUACCAGAAUCAGACCUUCGAUGCGAACAAACCAGGUCACCACGCUCUCCCACGUAUCUACCUUGAAGACGGCUGGACGUCGACUGAUGAGGAUGUCAUGACAACGUUUGUCAUCUGGCAUGGCAAAGCAAAGAGCUGGUUUCGCGCCGAAGAGGGAGCAGGUGGCGGCGAACAGAAUCGGAAAGAAGGCAAGCGAACAAAGUUGAAGAGGGUGGCUAAGCUUGGUAGCAAAGGCCGUAGCGUGGUCUUCAGGGCUCGAUCGCGUGCCGAGCGAGACCAUUGGGUGCUGGCGAUACAGAAUGAGAUCGAGAGGAUUCAAGGGGAUAAUGCGGACUUCAGACUCGAGGAGAGUGGUGACCAGGGGACGUCGAAUGGGAGUGUUAGUCUGAGUAAUACGGGUACGUAA